CUCAACCUUCACCAAGGCUGCCACGAAUGCACCAGAUCUAGUUCAGUUGAAAGCGUUUAGACGACGCGCUGAUACAGGCUCGCCCAUUGCUUUUUUCUCAAUCGCGCACAGCCACCUUCACUGUUGCCUGAAUUCGUGGCGCUCAAUAACGGGAUGCACCCCGUACUUUCAUAGUCAACAGGCCCUUGAGGCCUCUUUCCUCCUCUUCAGUCCUCCCCUUCCUCCACACCACAAUACCUCUUCCUCCUCUCAAUCACCAAAAUGCGACAGCAAUCCCUCGAACAAUCCUGGAAGUCGACCAGAGCCAUGAACCGGCGUCUGCAACUCCGCCAUGUCGCUGCAGAGACAGUAUCUGUGUUGCCGGACCUCCUCGCUCAGCUCGCCGGCUUCGAUGCCGCUGAGUCCACCUUGUACCAUCUGAAGGACCUCGCGCCUCUUGAUCCAAACGACUGUCCCGGAAUCGCCUUCCCUAGUGGAAACCCGCUAGCAGGUCAAAAAGGAACGCGAAUCCGAGUCUACAACAAGGAUACUUUCGAUACCGCGCUCCAGCUCCAACCGGGCACGAACUAUACCACAGUUCACCCAUCUCAGGGAGCGCCAGCUAGCUCAGAUGGCCAGGAGAAGGCGGACGAGGGGGAUACACCAGCGAAGAUGACCGACUCCAACCCAGCGGAUCCCUCCUCAUCACCUCCCCAGCAACCACUCAAACCCGUAUGCGUGCUCAAUCUUGCCUCAGAAAAGCACGCCGGCGGCGGCUGGCUCAACGGCGCCCUCGCCCAAGAAGAAGCCCUCUGCUACCGCUCCUCUCUCUCCCUCUCCCUGCACAAAACUUACUACCCGCUCCCCACCCUCAGCGCCAUCUUCUCCCCCUCUGUCCUGCUCCUCCGCACCUCGCUCUCCAGCGGCCACACCCUGCUGCACCCUUGGGACCCCGUCGCCUCCCUCCCCAUUACCUCCGUGAUCAGCGUCGCCGGCCUGCGCCACCCCGCGGUCACUUCCGAGGGAAAGUUCAAAGACGACGUGAACCGUGAGACGACGAAGUCCAAGAUUAGACUAACGCUAAGGGUGGCGGCGAGGGAGGGGCACCGGAAGUUAGUGCUAGGCGCGCUGGGAUGUGGCGUUUUUGGGAAUCCAUCCGGGGAGGUGGCCGAGUGCUUUCUGGAGGUGCUACGGGAGGAGGAGUUUCAGGGCGGAUGGUGGGAGGAUGUGGUGUUCGCGAUCCUAGACAACGUGAGGGGCGCAGAGGGAGGGAAGGAUGGGAGUGGGAAUUAUGGCGUGUUUUAUAGGGCUCUGGAUGGGCAGGUUGUGUAAGCCGUCCUGCGUUGGAACGACUACCACAGGUACGGCGGAAUACCAGCUGGCCAGUUGGGGAGAUGGGAAAUAUCCUACGGCCGACAUUUUACGGACAGCCACUGCGUUGAAAAUAUUCUCACAUCGGGCUAAUAUAUUUAAGAAAAGACAAAGCUUAUCAUAGUAAAGAGGUAUCGGCUCACCGGAGCCUUCGAUGAAUUUUUGAUGCCAGAGGGUCUAGGAAGGUAUCAUAGUAUGUACAAAGACUCCCCCAUGCCCA